AUGUUUCUGUCUGCAGAAGUGCUGGAUGUUAUCAGUUUACCAAAGACCCCAUUCUUCAGUAGAUUGAACAAAGAUCUUCUCAUCAAACCUGUGAGUGGUAACAGCUCCUGGGACAGAGACCUGGCCCUGCUGCAGCAGCUUUCCCAGGCUGUUCUGCAAGAGGUGGAGGAGGGAGGCUCUCAUCUCCUCACCUCCAGUGAUGUCCUUUACCUCACCCAGAUGAUUGAGAAGGACCUGACUUCACUGGCUGGUUCUCACUCUGCUGGAUCUGAUGCAGCAGAAGUCAUGGUGUCCAUCGCUACCAACUACCUGAAGGUGGCCAGUUCGAUGCUGGAGCCCGGCAUGGCUACACAGUGGAUGGGCUUCACAGAGGACGGGGUCAGCGUGGGACCAUUUACUAUUGUGCAGAGCAUUGACAGUCUCACUGAAACUCUUGCAAAAAGUCUAUCUGCUGAGAAAAGAGGCUUCACUCAUUCUACCAAGAACAUAGAUGUUUGCCUGAUGUGGCAAAAGCUGACUGAAGAGAGCCUUAGUCAAGUCUUCAAGCCAUCUGCAGUCAGCUCUCACACAGCUGGCAGCAGUAGUCAGGAUGAGUUGCUUAUUCCUGACACUGAGCUCCACAGGAUACAUGCUCUGGGAUAUGAGGAAGUGAUGUUUAUUCAUACCCACUACCGCCAUUUGAGUGAGAUUGUGUCUGAAACACAGGAGCCAUCACAGAGUCACCAGGAGAAAGUAAAAAGAAUUCUCCCCGGUCACCUGGCUUCUGUUGUCAUAUCAGCCACCGUGCGCGAUGCCUCCAAAGGCCAAACCAUCCCUGUGGCCGUCAAGUACACCCUUUCCUCAUCACAUGUGGUGGAGUAUUCACUGAGAGUUAGUCCCGUUUGUGCCUUUUGGAAUUUCAGCUUGAUGCCUAAUCAAACCAGUAGCUGGUCCAGUGAUGGUUGCAUGGUCACCUUUGCUGGCUCCGGGGUUACUUCCUGUCUCUGUAACCACACCACCAACUUUGCAGUGCUGAUGAAUUACUUGGAGUCCAAGUGGAGUCCUGAGGAAGAGCUUAUUUUGACCAAGCUGACGUUCAUCGGCGCGGGUGCAUCUCUGUGUGCACUGCUGGUCACCUUGAUGCUGUUCACUGUGCUGGAUAUUCCCAAAUCUGACAGGACGUCCAUCCAUAAGAACCUGUUCAUUGCUCUGAUCUGCGCCCAGGUCAUCCUGCUCUGCAGCGGCUCUGCCAUCCACAACAAGGUGGCGUGUACACUUGUGGCAGCACUGCUCCAUCUCUUCUUCAUGGCAGCCUUUAGCUGGAUGCUGGUGGAGGGACUGCUGCUCUGGAGCAAGGUGGUCGCGGUCAACCUAAGCGAGGAGCGACACAUGAAGUAUUACUAUCUCAUCGGCUGGGGUCUGCCUGUGCUGAUAGUCACCAUCACGCUUGCAUCAGCCUCAGGCAAAUACUCAGCCGACGGCUACUGUUGGCUCAGUGUCCAGAAUGGCGUUAUAUGGGGCUUUGCUGGACCUGUCAUCUUCAUCAUCAUGGUGAAUAUCUUGGUGCUGACCCGGGUGGUGGUCAUCACCAUCUCCACAGCCAAGAGAAGGUCCAUCAUGUUGGCCAUGGGCACCAGUCCUGUGGAACAAGCCUAUGAGCAAAUCAGCAUGUCAGAGACCAGCAGAAUUGUCAGUUUAAAGAGGAUGGAUGUCCCAAAAUGUCACCUGACAGCCCGACAGACAGGGCAAUUCAGUCCCUGGAGGACAGGAGAGCAGCCGAUAGGAGAAGAUAAGAGAGAGAACAACUGUAACAACUUUGUCCUCCUCUCUCUCUUUCUCUCUCUUUCUCUCUUUCUCUCGCUCUUUCUUUGUCUGUGUUUGCAGGGCCUGUUCAUCUUCCUGAUAUAUGGGGUGUACAACACAGAGGUUCGGAGCACGGUCAACAGGAUCAAGGAGAGGAGAAAGGCGCUUAAUUUUUCAAACUGCGCCAGUUCCCGACCGUCCAGCUCAGUUACCAGCUCUCGUCCUGUCAGUUUCCCGCUAGGAACUACCCCAAGCCAAGAGGAGGAGGCCACCCCUACCCACACUAGCAGCAACACCCCCAGCCCGGGGAAGGAGGAAGACAGGACCAGAGGUCAGCUGUCCAUUCCUUGUGUUCCAGAGAGACUAGAGAGUCCCUUGAGCCAAACUUCCAAAGGCCAUUAUGUGCACAGAAAGGAGCCUGGUUCCUCAGAGGGGGAUGCCCUGCCGGCUGGUUGUAGUCUUCAUGUUCCCAUGGAGCUGGAGUUUACCGCCUCCUGUUUCCCCCGAAGUCCUGCGACUCAGAUAAGCUAUGGCCUCGUCCACAUGGACUGACCUGGCUGGUGACUGUGAUUGAAGUUUAAUUUUUUCGUAUCAAAGCUGGUGAAUUGUUUUCCUUGUAUUAUAGCUAUUUUCUCACUUAUGAUCCCUGUAGAGAUGCAGCCCAUCUGUGUUUUUAUCAGUGCAUACUGUACUUUUGUACUGUUUGUAACUAUUUUCAGUUUUCUAGGGCUUUCUUUGCUUUAAACAUUGUUCUUUUUUUAAGAUGCGCUGCAUAAUAAUGUGAGCUAAAGGCCUCAAUUAUAACUUUAAUCUAAAAUGCGUCAAUUAAAAGUUUAUUGUUUUUUGCAUUUCUUAUGCUUGUAUUAUUUUUCAUGGCUUCACUUGCUGCUUGUUAGUGUUACUGUAUAUCGUCCAGUAAAGUGUGCAGUAGAACUGCAUUCAGAUACAUAAACUGAGUAAUGGGCCCUAUUUGUGACCAGUCAGUGUGAGAUGUCAGUCAGAUUGAGUCUUUAUGAUAUGCCAUUCCUUUUUAUCUCCCCUGCUUUCCUGUCACUCUACUCUCAAACUAUUAAAUAAAGUGGCAUGAAAGAAUGACAACAAUAGGCGCUUUCACACCAAGUACUUUGCCGUACUUAGU